GCAGUAAGUUUCACUUCUCGUGAACCAGGAAGCUGCAGUAGUUGAAUCAACGCAGAGAAGCAGUGAAGACGCCUUUCAACUUGGUUAACCAUUCUGCAGUAAUUCAGCUCAGUAGACCCAGGAAGAUGCUUCCAGCAGUGAUUGUGGUGCUGAUGCUCAUUUCUUUUACCCGUGGUGAAAACCCUGCCAUACAAGUCAUCCUGACUAGAAAAGGACUUCAGUACGGAAAGCAUUUAGGUGCAGGAUGGGUUCAGGAGAAGUUGGAGCAUAUCACUCUCACUGACUUCAGUGGUGAAGUCUUGGGCAUACACUACAUUCUAACAGGCAUCACCAUAACGAAGUGUGACUUUCCAGAGCCGAUUGUUGAGUUCAAUCCGAACAACACAGGAUUCACCACAUCCAUCGCAGGCCUCAGUGUGGCACUGACCGGCGGCUGGAUGACACACUUUGGUUUAAUCCAUGACGGAGGAACCUUCAAAAUGGCUAUCUUUGGUUUAGAUGUGACCUCGGUGGUGGAGCUGGGGAAAGAUCCUGACGGGCAUCUGUCCGUCACCAGCGUCAGCUGUGACGCUCAGGUUGGAGACGUGGACAUUCGAUUUGAAGGUGGAGCGAGUUGGAUCUUCCAGCCUUUUGUGGAGCAUUUCAAGGGGCGGAUGAGGGGUGAAAUAAGGAGCAAAAUCUGCCCUAAUGUGGAGGAAUCCAUUGUGAGCUUGGACUACCACCUGCAGGCCAUGGAAGUGUCCAUUCAAGUGGAUGAAGACUUAGUACUCAACAUCCCUCUGACUGGCGUACCCGUCAUUCAUGCAUCAAGUAUGAUUCUGGGUCUUAAGGGAGAGUUCUACGAUAGAACUCAUGAAAGGCCUCCCUUUGAGGCCCAGAAUUUCACUGUGCCUGAGCAGCCCGACUACAUGCUGUCGAUGGGCCUGUCUGAAUUCACCGUGAACUCUGCCUCAUACGCACUCUACUCUGGGGGACGGCUUCAGGUUCUCAUCACUGACAGCAUGAUACCUCCUUACAUCCAUGUACGCCUCAACACCAGCUCAAUGGGGCCUUACGUUCCUCAGCUUCCCAAGAUGUUUCCUGGUCUUCUGAUGAAUCUGAAGGUUUAUGCCAGUGAGGUGCCAAUGUUUUCCUUCCAGCCUGGUGUUGUGAAACUCGAGCUUGCGGGCGCAGUGAAGGCUUCUGCCAUCGAGCCCAACGGCACCCAGAUCCCUCUGUUCAAACUCAAUGUUGACUUAACAUUUGACGGUAAAGUGUGGGUCGCUGCUGGAAGACUGAAGGGCUCCAUGGCACUGCAGAAUUUAACACUGACGCUGGCGGACAGUGAAGUGGGACACUUUGAGACGGAUACAUUGGAAAGCUUAGUGAAAAUGGGAGUGAUGGCUGGCCUCGCAAAACUGAACGUGGAACUGGGCAAAGGCGUUGUUUUACCCAGAACGAGGAACGCUCAGCUGGUCAACACAGUUCUGGGGGUGGAAGAGGGAUUUAUAGCCAUGUGUUCAGACGCUGAGGUGUUUACAGACAGCUUCAACUGACAUCAAACUGUCUGUUUACCUCAUCAAACAUGGACGCUCUUCAUCUCAGCACACAUUCUUUGCACCUGUAAACAAAAUGGAUUUGUGUCCAUAUUUAACGUCAUAAAGCACCUGUGUUUAAAAGGUAAUGGCGUGCUGAUACACAGCAUGCCUACAAAUAUAUGCAUUGUGUUUACAACUGUCAUGACAUAUCAACAAUGAUUUAGCCUGCAGUUGAUUUCUAUAAAUGCUUCAGCCUGAAACCUCAUCUUUUAUGAAUGUUUUAGCAUUUUAUAUUUUGUUAAUAAGUGCAUUCUGUUUCAUAUAUACAAAAAAAAGAUGUGGUGAGAAUAAAAUCAUU